AUGGGUCCAGAGAGGAAGCUGGACGUCCCGGUCUACGAUCUCUCUCUGAUCAGAGGGAUGUGGGAGGUCCGAGUGAAGAAGCACAGAGAGAGGCAGAAGAAGGAGAAGGAGAGGAUCGAGCAGAGCGCCCUCGCCAGGAUCGACCAGGAGUGGCAGUAUCGCAUCUACUGUAAGACCCUGAAGACCUCCGAGCUCAACCUGCUGCAUCAUUACCUGGAGAGGUCGACGCUGACAGACAUUCAGCCGUGCACGGGUAAACACAGCGGACAGGCAUGCACAAAGUCAGACCAGCAGCAGUGUCAGGACGUCCAGCAGGAUCCCGAUGAGGUCAAACUGAGCUUCCAGCUGGAGGGAGAACGCUGGAUGGAUUUUCCCCGCGAGCUGCAGUGGAUGACCUACCUGAAAGAGUGGCACGUGAGGAGAACGAGAAUCCGCCGACUGCCAGACUACCUGGCUCUGUUUACCCAGCUCACCGUUCUGGACAUCCCCAAAAACGCCAUCACUGAGCUGCCGCCCGAGAUUGGUAAACUGAUGGUGCUGAGGGAGCUGUACGUCAGCUACAACCGACUGUCCCGAGUUCCUCCGGAGCUUGGGAACUGUGAGAAACUGGAGAGACUCGAGCUCGCGGGAAACCACAACCUGUCCGAGCUGCCGUUUGAGCUGAGCAGCCUGAAGCAGCUGGUCCACCUGGACAUCGCGGAGAACAGGUUUGUCUCGAUCCCCAUCUGCGCUUUGAGGAUGACGAGCCUGCAGCUGCUGGACCUCAGCAACAACUGCAUGACCGACCUGCCGCAGGACAUGGACAGGCUGGAGCAGCUCGUCACCCUGUUCAUCCACAAGAACAACUUCACUUACCUCCCUCACUGUCUCGCCAACAUCACCACGCUGGCGAUGAUCGUCGUCAGCGGCGACGAGCUCACCUGCAUCCCAACUAAACUCUGCAACAACCCCGAAAUCAAGUUCAUUCGCCUCUACGACAACCCUGCGAGCAAAGAGAAGAAGAAGAAAGAGGGUGUGAGAAGGAGGUGGAGGGAGCAGAGGGAGGCAGAGGAGGUGAAGGAUAGCGGAGAGAAAGAGUUCAUUGAAGCGUACAUCAGCUCACUGCAGGACAGAGACACCGUCCCCUACGCCACCACCAAAGUCUCCAUUUCCUGCCUGCUUUGAGGAAGAGGAGGAGGAAGCCAAUGAAGGUUGAGAGGAUGAUGACUGAAGGAUGAC